AUGUCUAUAUAUAAAGCCCAAACUUGUCUUCUCUGUUCUCCUCCGGCGAUUCUCCGACCAAGCGCGCUCUCUCUCUCUCUCAUCUCAAUUCUCAUGGAAGAAACGUCCAAGCUGCAGUUGCCGGAGACCUUCCUUAGUUUUCUAGAGGCGAAUGGCAUUGAUCCUUCAAUCUAUACUCACGGAGAUUCGAUUCCACGCUAUGUAAGGUUGAAACCUGGGUUCGAGUAUCUUUCCCAAGAGAUUGAAUCUGAGAUUAGUUGCAAGCUGGAGAAAGUGAAAUGGUUACCUGGGUUUUACUCCAUUCCUCCAGAUGUUCAUAUAGCGAGGUCCAAGGCGUAUCAGCAAGGGAAGAUGUACGGAAUCGACGCAGCUUCCGGUGCGGCUGUUUCAGCUCUUGGUAUCUCCCCAGGAGACCAUGUCUUGGAUCUUUGUGCUGCUCCUGGUGCGAAACUAUGCAUGAUGCUAGACCUACUGGGUGAGAUGGGCACUGCAACGGGUGUCGAUGUUGCUAGGCAUCGCCUUGCUGCCUGCAGAACUAUGCUUCAGAAAUAUGGGCUUGGGGGGUCAUUUGGGGACGAUCAUGAAGAUACAUUCAAGCAGUGGACUUCUCGUAGACCAUACAAAGAAAGGAAGCAAGAAGCUAAGACUAUGAAUAAGUUCGUUUUGCCCCAGAAUGGACAGCCGGAAAUCAUUUUCUACGGACACAGUUCUGGAGUUGUAGGGCUAAAAAAGAAGGAGCUUUAUAGAUCCCUUGACCAAAAGGAUUAUGCAUAUUGUGGGUAUGACAAGGUUCUUGUGGACGCAGAGUGCACACAUGAUGGUUCAAUCAAACAUAUCCAGAAAUUUGAGCAAUGGGGUUGGAAUACGCUGGAGCGCCGUGUACUGGACGCUGAGAGAACCGAUAGAAACUUGACAGCUCUUCAGUUGAAUCUACUGAGAAAUGGGUUCAGAUUGUUGAAACAAGGCGGCACUCUUGUAUACAGUACCUGCAGUUUGACGCUUGCCCAAAACGAAGAUGUGGUGGAUCACUUCCUUGCUGAAAGUUCCUCUGCAGAGCUACAAGAGAUAGAAACGGCCAAGGACUGGCCGUGUAGAAGUGGCCGCACUCCAAAAACAGUGCGUUUCGAGCCUUCCACCUCAGCAACCAGCGGACUUUUUGUUGCAAAAAUAAGGAAAUUGCCAAACAAAGAAGCAGAGAAGAAUGUGUUGUGA